UUUUGUCCCGUCCCUCGCUAGAGGGGCACACCCCGAGAGCGUUGUCCUGGCUGCUGGUCCUCGACGAGCGAUAAAAUCCGAUGUAAUGCACGAUCCCAAAGCAUAAUUACAAACUUCAUGCAAACAUAAGGUGACAAGACACCUAUAGACAGGCCGGAGUUCCCCGGAAAUCUCGGACGACUAUAUGUCGGGCGCUUUUGGAAUACCCCGGGGGAUUUCAUUGGUCAAACCCCCGGCGUGCUCGGGCGCCGGGCGCACUCCGCGCUCGGCUCGGUCAACUUGACUCGCUCGGGUCCUGGCUGGUCCGCUGGUCCUCGUCUCGUUCGUUGUCGCAGUGUGCGUUCGGUUCUAGCUCUAGUCUAGCCAGGUUAUCAGCUACAUAUCACGAACGCGUCAGCUCAUCAACUACAUUCGCCGACACGCUUUCCAGGCCGCAGUUUACGCUCUGUCAUGGACCCCGUGGGAACGGCUUUGAUGACCCUGGAGCAGCUGCUGGACGACGUGCUCGUGAUGGUGAUGCAGUUUCUGGACGUGGAGGACGUCCUCGCCUGCCGCCUCGUGUGCAAGAGGUUCUGCGGCCUGGCCCUGCACCCCGACGUGUGGCGGCACCGAACGCUCCACGACCACCACCCCUGCGCGGGCGCGGUGCUGCACCUGGCCCCGUGCCUCAACACGCUGGUCAUCACGGGCGAAGUCCCAACCCUAGCGGUGACCACAACCCGGUGCGCCGUAGCAGGGUUGGAUCUGCUCUCCAAUUGUAGGGGGACAGAGUACCCCUUGGCCUUGGCUGUGCGCAACCAGGAGUCCCUCGGGCGUCUCAGGCGACUUGAGCUUGCCACCUAUAAUUUGCGGCUUGCCGACGUGCUGGUGAGGACGGUUGCAUCGUGUUGCCACCUGGAGUCGCUCGACGUCAUCAGCUCCCUACCGGGCAUCAGCCACCCCGUUGUGCACGGGCCGCCCAAGCCCUCGCUCAUUAAGUUCCGUUGUCCGCUCGACAAGAACUCUGCAAGCUUCGUGCACGCCAUUCUGGCCGGGCACGCCGCUACCCUAGAGGAGGUUGACCUCCUUACAUGCUCUAGCCCCGAGGGGACGACAGCUACCCUGUUGGCUGCCUUGCCAAGACUCCGCAGUCUGGAGUGCGACGACUCGGUGAGGGGGUUACAGUCCGUAGCAUCGUGCAAGAUGCUUAGAGAAGUUUGUAUAACUCUUUAUGACGACGUAGAUCGACUUGAGAGGGUUGUGAAGUUCCUCCGCCGAGCUAGCCAACUGCAACGUGUCUGCCUGGAGAACUGUACGGGAGAGGACACCCCCGAGUACUGCAUGGCGUUGGUCGAGGCUCUGGGCUCCCGCUUGGAGCGGCUGGCGCUUGUAGGGUUUGAGGUUGAGGUCGUGCGGCCGUUGCUUCGCGUGCUGCCCUCGCUGCCAGCUCUGCGCCACCUGGACGUGGACGAAGACCUCGGCGACAAGCUGCUCAAGGGCAUCACACCCGUCACGGCCCCGGCCCUGACGCUCCUGGAGAUUGCUGGAGAGACAUUAUGCCCCCAUGCCUGGAUACACGGCGACGCGGUUAAAUCGACGCUCGCGGAGAAUCCCUCGCUUCAUAUCCAGCUCUGGUGCCCCAACGAGUGCGAUCCCGAGGAUUGCGAGACAUGCGUGCAAGGCUGCCAUCAAGAGGUAAAGUGGGAUGAGGUGAGAAAGAUAGGCCUCUACUCGCAUGACCCUGACAAGUGUCCCUCUCCGGAGGACCACACUGAUGACACACACUGGAAAAGGUCCUACGACCGCGAUACUAAUGUGGCGUGUACGUGGAUCCACAUGUGAUGCAUUUGUGCUUGAUGUUGUAUGCCCCCAACUCUUAGCUUUGUUCUGUCAGACAUGGCUAAGUUUUGCAUUGUACGUAAGGUUUCUGGAAUGGUUAAUAAAUGAUUAAUAAUUGUCUCUGAUGAAA